UACAAACACCGUAUCGCGCAUGCGCACUCUUCCACUGUGGUUCGACCUCUGCAGUCGAGAGACCCGGGCUUCAACCAGAUUUGACCGAACCGGUGAAAACAACAUAAAGUAGAAAAUGUACGCCUGCGCAAAGUUCGUCUCCACGCCGGCUGUGGUCCGUGCUGGUUCCCGGGCUCUUUACAGACCUCUGUCUGCCUCUGUGCUGUCCAGGCCUGAUGUCAAAUCAGAGAGCACUGUUGCUCUGAUGCCCCAGAGCCCCCUCAGCCAGGUUACACUGAGAGGCUUCCAGACCAGUGCCGUCAGCAGGGACAUUGACACCGCAGCCAAGUUCAUUGGCGCUGGAGCCGCCACUGUCGGAGUAGCUGGAUCUGGUGCCGGAAUUGGGACAGUGUUUGGUAGUCUCAUCAUCGGCUAUGCUAGGAACCCAUCUCUGAAGCAACAGCUGUUUUCAUAUGCUAUCCUGGGAUUCGCCCUGUCUGAAGCCAUGGGACUGUUCUGUUUGAUGGUGGCUUUUCUUAUCCUGUUCGCUAUGUAAAACUCUGCCGUCAGACAACAGUUUCAUUACAGAUGUGACUACAUAUUUUAUUGUGGCUACCAAAAUUGUUCUGUGUUGGUGUCAUGGAAAAUGUACAUUUUCAAAUCUUUUAGACACUGUCAAAAAAGCCAAGACAUGUAUUGUACAAAUGUAAGAAAUUACGUGAUUAAAAUACAUGUGUUUGACUAUUUAAAAA